GCAUUUUUGUUUUAGCUAUGGGAGUACGGUCCGCAUCCUACACUUAUCCCACGGUAUACCAACUCGUAAGCUUAGCUUAAGGUCGGAGAUAAAGCGUUGAAAAAGAAUUUCCAAGAAAAAUUUGGAAUGUCCUCGUUAACGGUGAAACCCUUGUUCUCGAUUCAAUCUUUGCGUUAUUCACCUUCGUCGACUCUUGUUUUCCUCCGUAAAGAUCGCCUCUUUCAAUCGGCUAGCAUCCAUGGGAAAACAAAUUUCCCGGGAAGUCUCGUUUUGAAAGCUCAUUCUUUCGAGAGUUCCGAUGUUGACGCCGAGAGCAAAGACAAAAACAACCCCAAUGCUGCCGAUUCCAAACCUCCAAACGGCACUGUGCAUAAGAGCAGGAAGGAUAUAUUGCUAGAGUAUGUGCAAAAUGUGCAGCCUGAUUUUAUGGAAUUCUUCAUCAAACGAGCCCCUCAACAGGUAGUGGAAGCAAUGCGCCAAACAGUAACAAAUAUGAUGGGGACACUUCCACCACAGUUUUUCUCUGUCACUGUAACCACUGUUGCAGAAAAUCUUGCACAACUUAUGUAUAGUGUUAUGAUGACGGGCUAUAUGUUUCGAAAUGCACAGUUUCGAUUGGAGAUGCAGCAAAGUUUGCAACUUGCUGCUCUUCCUUAUCCUGAAGCGCAAGAUACAAUUGACGUACCAGAUUUUGCACCGGGGACACAGAAAAAGGUCUCUGGUGAAGUAAUUAGGUGGAAUAACGUUUCUGGUGCUGAAAAAAUUGAUGCAGUGAAAUACAUUGAGUUACUUGAAGCUGAAGUCGAGGAAUUGAAUCGUCAAAUAGAACGAAAAUCUGCUAAUGGGCAGAAUGAAAUAUUUGAAUACCUUAAGACUCUUGAGCCCCAAAACCUGAAGGAGCUUACUAGUAGCGCUGGUGAAGAUGUUGUGCUAGCAAUGAACACAUUUAUAGAGCGUCUUUUAGCAGUUUCAGAUCCCAGUCAAAUGAAGGUGGCGUGGGAAAAUGAACAGACCAGACUGCCUGGUAACCUGGUUCGUAACAUUGAUGACCUGGAAAGAAAACGUAAGGAAACGAUGAGUCUUGAUAUCAGCACGUUGUAGGGAACAAAGAGCCUGUAGGAAUGUUUGAAAUCAGCUCGUCUUGGUAUCCGCACGCUGAAAGGAAACGACUAGUCGGGGGUCCAUCGUUUGGUCCGACCGAUUCGUUGGAAAAAUCGUUCGGUGAGAUCGUUUGCGAUUGACAUGAAUAGCGAUAUCAAACAAGCUAGAUAGCGAUUGCGAACAAACUGGGUAGUGGGUAGCGACUGGGAAGGACCAGUAUGGUAGCGUUCUUUCCGGCAAUCCAGAUGAGCGUAACAGAGACAAGUGUUCCUGAACUGGCAAAGCUACUAUACUGGCUUAUGGUCGUCGGUUAUAGCAUUCGCAAUAUUGAAGUUCGGUUUGAUAUGGAACGGGUGCUUGGGACUUCCCCUCCAAAGCUUGCUGAACUACCACCGGCCAGCGAAAAUAUGUAGAGGGAGCCCUUACUGCUGCAAUGUUUAUUUUUUCAUUCACGCUCAAAUUUGGGGUCUUUGCUGGUCCAAGUUUUGCAUACCCAUUAUAUAGAGCCCCUGGCCCCCUAGUGCUUUUUUAGAACGGAGUGUUCAGCACGGUUUUUUGCAGCAUGAAUGUUUAAUUUUAUCUCCUUAUCUUUUUUAAUUCUAGAGAUUCUUGUAUUAUACUCCGUAGUUACAAAAUUGUACUCGCAUUUUAUCAUUUUUAUGUAGCUGCUAGCUGGUUUUUGGUUCUUUUGUAGACGUAUUUAAUAAUUUUUAAUUCGUUUGUACUGUUUUGCUCAUUCCGG